UUAGUAAGAAUGAGAGAAUAAGGAUGACUUAGUUAUAUACCUUCAUGAAUUGCUUCAAAUGGGAAAUGGUUUGUUUGCUUGAUUCAUUUGUUUGAUUUGGCUCUGAUAAACCCUGGAAAGAGCUCUCUGGGAAUGUUCAUUGCCUUGUAUGUCAUUGGUUUAUUUCAUCAGUUUAUGAAGUAUAGUUCUGCAUUUUGGUGAGCAAUCUCAAUGGGUUCGGGAAACUGGUUUAGAUCAAUCAUUUGUAGAAAGAAAUCCAAGUCAGCCAGAUCCAAACAAGCGAAGGUACACUCAGCUAAUGAAAAACCAAAUGGUAAAGGGAGUCACGAUGCUCCUGAAGAGGCAAGGAGUCCAGCAACUACUGCUGGUUCACAGAGCAGUCCUGGUCUUCCUGGAAUACCAGUUGAAGAGAUAGCUGCUGCUCGGAUUCAGAAGGCUUUUCGGGCAUACAGGGCGAGAAAAGCAGUUCGGAGGCUGAGAGAUGCCGGGAGGUUCAAUAUAUUGAUCCAGGGACAUACGGUGAAAAAGCAAACAACAAGCACAAUGAGCUAUUUACAUUCCUGGUGCAACGUACAGUCUCAAAUCAGAGCCCGGAGAAUAUGUACGGUAACUGAAGGCAGGCUUAAGCAAAAGAAAAUGGAAAAUCAGUUGAAACUUGAGGCUAAGCUUCAUGAACUAGAGGUUGAAUGGUGUGGAGGCUCUGAAACUAUGGAGGAAAUCCUUUCCAGAAUUCAACAGAGAGAAGAAGCAGCAGUUAAACGCGAGCGUGCCAUGGCUUAUGCCUUCUCUCAUCAGUGGAGGGCAAAUGCAAGCCAAUAUCUUGGCCAAGCAUCAUAUGGUCUGGGCAAAGAAAACUGGGGUUGGAGCUGGAUGGAGCGAUGGAUAGCUGCAAGGCCUUGGGAGGUCAGGGUUCACUCUCAGCCAAUCCACCCAAGGAAAACUCAUGCCAGACAGGCAAGCAAAUCAGAGAAAGAAAUGAAAGCUCCUGUUUCAGUUAAACCUGCUUUGCCAAAUGGGAAAGUAGCUCCAAAAGUGAAAAAAGUUGCCCCAACAGAUGGCUGAAACCAAAGAUAUCCAAGGAGCUGCCAUUCAUCAUGCACAGGUCAUCUUGGUCUAGGUGAUGAGUGAUAGAUUAGCAAUUCAUUGGAGUGAUUCAAUAUGAUUUCUGUGUGGAUUUGCAAAUGCAUUGUGUACAAUAACUGACAGGUUUUGUUGCCUUGAGGAAUUUGAAGAUAAAAUUAAAAUAUAUAUAUAUAUAUAUAUAUAUCCCUUUUUCAUGUAUGUGAAA